UACCCGAUGCGUCUGCCACAAAUCUCACGAGAACUGGAAGAAAGUUGCGCACGCAGCCGUCGCCAUCUUUAAAAUUAGAAGGAGGCGUUUGCAGGCAUUGUUGGUGUGCAGCCAGUUAAUUAAACUUGGGCAAAUUUCUACAAAAGUAUUCCAAGCAUGGCUAAUCGAAAUAUGCAACAAGUUAACAUGCAAAGCAACAAUUCUCCUCAACCGGCGAGACGCGGAACCGACUCACCGGCGGCGGAGCAGACACCGGCGAACAAAGACAGCCCGGCCCCGCCGCCGAGGCAGUCCCCCGUUGCUGAACAAAUGGAAGGAGCUGUGGAAGGAAGCGGCGAAGGCCCGACAGAAAUGACCCUAGACAUUACUAGUUUCCGAAAGCCCGGUGAAAAGACGUUCACUCAGCGCUCCCGUCUUUUUGUCGGCAGUCUCCCGCCGGAUAUUCCAGAGGAGGAGUUCAAAAACCUGUUUUCUAAAUAUGGGAACGUCAACGAGGUGUUCAUCAACAGAGAGCGGGGCUUCGGCUUCAUUCGUUUGGAAACCCGAACUGUAGCAGAGAUCGCUAAAGUCGAGCUGGAUGGGACUAUUUUGAAUAAUCGACCAAUCAGAGUCCGCUUUGCCACACACGGUUCUGCGCUCACAGUGCGCAAUCUGCUGCCUGUGGUGACAAAUGAACUGCUGGAACAGGCGUUUUCCCAGUUUGGACCAGUGGAACGGGCUAUUGCUGUGACAGAUGAUCGAGGUCGUCCGACUGGGAGAGGCAUUGUGGAGUUUGCAAGCAAAGUAGCAGCGCGUAAAGCUCUGGAGCGCUGCACCGAGGGAGCACUGUUGCUGACCACAACACCCUGUCCUGCCAUUGUGGAACCUGCAGAACACUUUGAUGAUGAGGAUGGUCUUUCUGAAAAACUGCUCCAAAAGACUCCGAAGUACUAUAAGGAACGAGAACAGAAGCCACGUUUUGCUCAGCCCGGGACGUUUGAGUUUGAGUUCUCAUCUCGUUGGAAAGCUCUUGAUGAGAUGGAGAAACAGCAGAGGGACCAGGUGGACAGGAACAUUAAAGAGGCUAAAGAGAAACUGGAGGCCGAGCUGGAGUCAGCCAAGCAUGAACAUCAGCUCAUGUUAAUGAGACAAGACCUAAUGAGACGUCAGGAGGAGCUGAGGAGACUUGAGGAGCUUCGCAACCAAGAGCUACAGAGACGAAAGCAGAUAGAGAUGAGGCACGAGGAGGAGAGGAGGAGGAGGGAGGAGGAGCUGAUGAGGCACAGAGAGCAGGAGGACCUGAGACGCCAGCCAGAUGGCUUCAAACCAAACUACAUGGAAAACAGAGAACAGGAAAUGAGAGUGGGUGAGCUGGGCCCUCGUGGAGCCAUUAAUAUGGGAGAUGGCUAUAACCAGGCCUCUGCGGGGCCCAGUGGUAACCAAGGUCAAAUGAUGGGCAUGAGUGGAAGGGGAGGACCCACUGGCCCAGAGGGAACAGCAAAAAUGGGGACACCAUUGAUGUCAGAGAAUGGAGCCAUGCGAAAUGAUAGAUACCCACAAGGCGGACCCAUGGUGGGGCGACCCGAUGCUGGCUCUCCAAAGCAGCAGCAGCAGCCGCAGCAGCCAGCACCACUGGGCCCCCAGGCUGGACCAGCUCCAGGAUUUGGGAGGGGCAGUCCUGUGGGGGGAGUCUUUGAUGGACCAAAUAACAAGCGUCGUAGAUACUAACCUCUCUUGGUAUUCAUGGAUCUGUGUUAAUGAGCCCUAAUUAUUGUUUUUACAGUUUACAAGCCCGCUACCUUUCCUGGGCAUUUAUUUUGUAAUUGAUAAAAUUACAGAACAUGCUUUUUAUUUAAACUUGUCCUCAGUGUUUACUUUUUUGUAGAAUAUGAUUCUUCCGUCUGUGGUCCGAAUGAAGCGGGGGGGUUUUCAUUGUGGAUCCAUAGUUCCAUAGCAUUUUAAGGAAUGCUUUUAAGGGUAGGCAGGUUUGCAGUUGUAAUGACUUCUAUUGUGUGAGAUAAACCUUUAAGUUGGUUUAAGGGAAUUUUAAAAUAAGGUUACAAAAACACAAAGUCAAAGUUCUCAAAAAAAUAGUGGUGUUAUUCCUGCAAUUUGACAGUCAGCACCAACAAAUGUUACAUCUCCAAAAAGUUGAUUCUGUUCAUCUGGACGUAGCGUUUUGUGGGAGAAACACUACGAGAAACAGCACAUCUGCAUCCACUGAAGGAACAGUGGUCUGUUCCUGACCUCCCAACCCAUUGUUCCUUCAGUGGGCUGGUUUCAGUCAUUAUGCAGAUGUAGUGUUUAUAAGAUUGGGGAAACCUGCAGUCAGCUGAGACUGAAGUCACUUGGAUGAGUGACGAAACGUUUCUCCCACAAAACGCUACGUCCAGAUAAACAGAAUCAACGUUUUGGAGAUUUACUUCCCUGGAUGAUUGAGAAUGCAUCAAGACGUUUUAAAACAAAUGUUACAGUUUUAAAUAACAAAUAUUAAGUGAACACAAGAAUGUAUGAUAACAUGUUGCCGUCCUCAGUGUGUACCUGUAUGCAGGCACAAUGAGUAAACGAUGAUAACUAUGGGUAGGAACUGUACAGUAUGUACUAUAGUAUGCUAUGGUGAUGUUUCACCUACAAAAACAGUUGAAUGAUGCAGUGAUUCAGCAGUGAUUAUUAUUUUUGGUUUGUUUUUUGUUUUUAUUCAUUACAAGACAGUUAUGAUGCAUCACAUUUCUGUUUCUUCACUACACAUUUACCUUACAGCACCAAAUCAAGACAUUGGUAUGGGAAGCGAUAUAUUAUUAUAUUGAUAUAUUGUUGGGUCCCCCACCGCACCCUUCCAGUUAUGUCAGACACCCGGUAAAAAUGUUUGUCUCGAGAUGUUAGGAACUGCUUUCAGCUCCUGUUACGUGUUCUGCUAUGUUCAUUGUAACAAGCUGACGAGCUUUGCCAGCAUGGGAUUUUGAAUAUCUCUCCAAGACUGGGUUAUCAAGAUUAACAAGUGGUAACCUUUUGAAAUAUUUAUAAUUUGGCAUAGCAAACUGAAACUUAGACUUGUUACUUUAGAUUUGAGUCAAAUAUUGAAGUACAGUAUUUAGACAAAAGUACUGGGUAGAUUACAUCUACAGGAGCUGCUCAGCCAUGGGACUACAUGCCAUGAAACUCCUGGCUUACAGUUUUUGUGCUGAUGUUAAUGGUAGAGGAGGUCUGGAACUUGGUUGUCAGCAAAUGUUCCACACUUUGUAUCCAUGCAGCCAGUGACCCCGCUCCAAAAAGAAACUGUUGCUAAGUUGCAGUUUUUACUAAAUCAGUGGUCCCCAAACCCCGGGCCACAGACCGGUACCGAGCCGCGAGUGUUGAGACUCGGGUGUGAAAUUUAUGGUCUUCAGGGUUUUUAUUGGUUUUUAGUGCUAUUUUCUUUUUUAUCGUUAACUCUGUUUCCCUGGAUCUUUUCCCGUGUGUUAUGAACAAAUCUUUUUUUGGUACCGGUACUGGUUUUAUUUUGUUGUAUUUUUCCAUGACACCUUAAAGGCCGGUCCGUGAAAAUAUUGUUGGACAUAAACCGGUCCGUGGCCCAAUAAAGGUUGGGGACCUGCUAAACGCUUCCUCUUUGCAAUAAUACCACGUAUCAUUGUGGUGAUAUAUCAGAGGCAAGAUCUUUCACAGGCUGCCUUGUUGCCAGCGUUUAACCCUGUACUUCUGUCCAUGCAGUGUAUCUCCAUGUGACUGUCGGUUGUACUUGCUUUUUCUGACAUUUUCCAACCUACAAACCAUUAAAGAACACGUGCUAGCAUGUUCUCUGAAUUUUCACAUUGACCUAUAGUCAGUAUUGGUUUUUGUGGCUACCUGUCAGUGCUAUAAUGAUAAAUAUCCUAGCAAAGGUAAAUUGCUAGGAAGGUAAAUUUUUAUGUCCUUAUAAUACUUUUUUUUUUUUUUUCCUUUGUGUUUUGAUCGUGGUGUUUCCUUUGUACAUUCUUACAAUUUUUGAGGAGCUGUUCAGACUAAUGGAAAGUGAAUGUUUCAGCAGCUUAAAUCAUCCUGUAUUUGAUGGUGAAGAGAAAUAAAACAUUUGUAGGAACUUG